UGUCGAACAGUGAGCCAGCAUUGAUGCUUGUACAGCUUUUCUCGAGCUUUCUGUUCGAUGAAUUCUUCGUCAAAUGCCACCAUACCGUUCUCAUUGCCAAGGUGUCACACGAAACCACGUGGCCUGACCUCAACCGGCGCCAAAAAUUUUAAAUUUUUGGUCGACGAGCGCGAACUUAGUUGAUCAAGAACGAGAACACAUCAACGCAGCAGAUGGCUGUCGACGCGCGCUUCGACACGUCCAAGUGGGCCGAGGCGGGGCCAUCGCGGCACAAAGCCGCCGCCGCCCCUCUUCCACCAGCAGAUGCGGGCGCAGAAGCAGCCAUGGACGAAGACGAGGAUGAGGACGAGGACGGAGGUGAAGACGAAGAUGGAGAUGGUGGCGAAGACGAAGAGGGACUUGCCUCGCCACAGACGCAGAAGCGAAAGAGGGUGCUGGAGCCGGACGCGCUCGACGCCUUUGCCUCGAAGCAAGCCAAGCGCGGCAUCGUCUACAUCUCCUACAUCCCACGCGGCAUGACGGUGGCCAAGGUGCGCCACCUGCUCGGCCAGUUUGGCGACGUCGAGCGCAUCUUUCUCCAGGACGGCGACGAGAAGCGGUCGGGCGUCAAGCGCAGCUCGCGCGCCGGCGUGCACUACACCGAGGGCUGGGUCGAGUUCAGCAGCAAGCGGAGCGCAAAGGCCGUGGCCGAGAUGCUGAAUGCGCAGCCAAUCGGCGCCGCCGCGGGCGCCAGUGCCGGCUCGCGGGGCAAGGGCAAGAGCAAGGUGGGCAUGGGCGCACGGCGGUGGCGCGACAGCGUGUGGACGAUGCGCUACCUGAGCGGCUUCAAGUGGGGCAUGCUCUCGGAGCAGCUGGCCAACGAGCGCGCGGCACGCACUGCGCGCCUGCGCUCGCACCUCAGCCAGAGCCGCGCCGAGCAGCAGGACUACCUGCGCAAGGUCGAGCGCGCUCGCGUGGCGCGCGAAAAGGAGGCGAAGCAGAAGCGCCGCCGCGAGGGUGUGGCUCAUGGCGCGGAGGAGAUUAAUGAAGCCAAGGGACCAGCAAGAGAGAGGACAUUCAAGCAAAAGACGGCCGUCGUCAGGGAUGUGCGCGAGAUGGCUGUCCCAAAGCAGCAGAAGCAGCAGCAGCCAUCAGGCGAGCUGCAGGGCGUGCUGUCCAAGAUCUUUUGAACACUGCUACUCUACUCUAUUGUACAAUGUGAAUGAAUGCGUGGAAUAAAUGCUAUCUACUCGUCGAGACAA